AUGAAAAAAACAAAAAACCUUCAAUUAGAAAGCGACUCUAAUAAAAUAACAGGAAAUAAAACUGAUCUAGUUCAAAAAAAUAUCAAAAUUUCUAUUAAUAAUCAUUCAUUAAAAAAAAAUCACAAAAAAAAAACAUCUUUAUCUCAUAAUAACAAAAUCAAUAAACUCAAACAACAGGGUAUUUAUCUAUUAAAAAAAGAUAAUCCAAAUCUUGCACCGCCAAUGGAUUUAUCAUUAUAUAAUCAUAAAUAUUCAUGGUUAUACAAAAAAAAACGUAUUCAACGUAGAAAUAUACCCAAACAUUUUAUAUAA